AUGCUGUCGCGGUCUUCCGUCCGAAACGCGCCGCGUGCGCUCGCCGCCGGCCGUCGGGCCAUGGCCUCUGCUGCCAACCCGACUUUCCAGUACGAUGUCUCUGAGGUCUCCGGCGUCAAGGUCGCCAACCGUGAGGUCGCUGGUCCUACUAGCACCCUGGCCCUCGUGGCCAAGGCUGGUUCCCGCUACCAGCCGUUCCCGUCCACACUCAAGCGCUCUGCUCUGCGCAUCACCCGUGAGGUCGAGCUGCUGGGCGGUGAGAUCUCCGCUACUCACUCGCGCGAAAACCUCGUCCUCCGCACCAAGUUCCUCGCCAAUGACCUCCCCUACUUCACAGAGCUGCUGGCUGAGGUUGCUAGCCAGACCAAGUUCACUGACCACGAGUUGAAGGAGGUUGUCGUCGAUCUCCUCAAGUACCAGCAGUUGGCCCUCUCCUCCAGCGCCGAGAACAUCGCCAUUGACGCCGCCCACGGCAUUGCCUUCCACCGUGGUCUGGGUGCCCCCAUCACCCCCUCCGAGUCCUCCCCUUACGAGAAGUACCUGACUGGUGACGCCAUUGCUCAGUUCGCCCAGGAUGCCUACUCCAAGUCCAACGUUGGCCUCGUCGCCACCGGUCCCAACUCCGGUGAUGUUACCAAGUGGGUCGGUCAGUUCUUCAAGGAUCUCCCCACUGGCGCCUCUUCCAGCCAGUUCAAGGUCCAGCCCUCCCAGGCUUCCAAGUACUUCGGUGGUGAGCAGCGUAUUGCCUCCAAGAAGGGCAAUGCUGUCGUCAUUGCCUUCCCCGGCUCCAGCGCCUUCGGCACUGCUGGCUUCAAGGCCGAGGCCUCCGUUCUCGCUGCUCUUCUCGGCGGCGAGUCCACUAUCAAGUGGACCCCUGGAUUCUCCCUCCUCUCCCAGGCCACCAAGGGCUUCUCUCAGCUCAACGUCUCGACCAAGAACAUUGCCUACUCCGAUGCCGGUCUCUUCACCGUCACUCUAACCGGCCAGGCCGACCAGGUCGCCUCCGCCAGCAAGAACGUUGUCGACGCCCUCAAGAAGGCUGCCGCCGGCGAGGUCGCCAGCGAGGACGUUAAGAAGGCCAUUGCGCUGGCCAAGUUCCGUGCUCUCGAGUCCGUUCAGACUCUUGAGACUGGUCUCGAGGCCACCGGCUCCGGCCUGAUCCACGGCAACAAGCCUUACCAGAUCGGCGAGAUCGUUCAGGCUGUUGAGAACGUCUCCGAGGAACACGUUAAGGAGACCGCCAAGUCCUUCCUUUCUGGCAAGGCUACUCUCGUCAGCGUCGGUGACCUCCACCAGCUCCCGUACGCCGAUGACCUCGGCCUGACGGUUUAA